GGAAGGCGAGGGGUUCUGUCGUCGCCGAUCGGAAAGGUUGUGGCCCGUGGCUCGCGCCGCGGCUGAGCCCCCCGGUGUCGCGACGAAGCUGUUGGCGUUCGCGGACCGUAUGCGCUCCUUCUGGGUCUUCUGGCGCCGGAGGCACAAGGUCGGACAGCGGCUGUUCGAGGACGAUUCUCACGAGCUGUGCGAGAACGACGCCAGCUGCGAUGCGGGUGCCCCCCAACGCCGUUGCUUCCUCAAGUGCCGCUCGUCGUCGGGCUGUGGUGCCGGCGCCGCAGGAGCUCGCAACCAGGCGCCCGGUCGCCCGGCACGCCCGACCGUCGAGUGCGCCGACAGCAGUAGCGACGAAGACGACGAGGACGACGACGACGACGAAGAGUACGACGACGACGAAUACGAGUACGAGGACGAGGACGAGUGCCUGACGUGCACCGUGUGCGAGCGCUCUUUCUCGUCGGGUCGUCGCCUGUCCCAGCACCAGCAGCGCAAGCGCCACUUCGGCUGUCCCGUGUGCGAGGCCCUGUUCCCUUCCCUGCUGGCCCUCGAGCAGCACAGGGAGUCCCUGGAACACUGGUCGGACGACGAAGAGAGGCAGCUCUCCCGACCCAAGGCACCCGCAAAGCGGCAGCACCGUGGUGGUCGGACCUGCGACGUCGACCUAGACGACGAUGACCUGGAAGACGAAGAGGACGACGAAGACGAGGAGUCGUCCGACGAAGACACCGACUCGGACGGUCUCGAGCCGGGACCGAAGUCGCAGGAGCUCGAACGGCUCUUGUGACUGCUGCGGGCGGGCGCCGCCCCUCCAGCAGUCGCAAGGGACGGCGCCAGGCGGCGCUGCUGCUGCGGCACUGACGUCACCCGCUACUGAAACUCGCAGACGCACGGCAGGCGACAACGGCGACGACGAAGCGGCAACGCAGUAGCCAAUGCCGAGACCCUUGUCCCCAUGACGGCACUAGCAGACGACACUAGCAGACGACACCCGUGUGUUCCAGUUCAAAUACCGUCGUUUGCAAGCUAUGAGUAGCUGAACUUUCCACUAUGUCGUACUUAAGUAACAAUGGUGUUUCAACGGGUGGGAGCUUUUGCGCUUGUGGAAGUUUGGACUGGUUGAAUGAAAACAAAAAAAAAAAGAUAUUUUUGUUUCUAGGUUCUGUGCUCUUUGAAUGCCUAAAAAUUUGACUGUGGCAUAAUGAAAAGAACAGAGCCCCUAGUCGCUCCAUGCGACAGGUACGAAUGCUUUUGUGACAGAAAUAAGCAUUUGUGCCGAAGUGUCGCGCAGAACGGCUUCCUCGUAGAAAACUAUGUGCGAUACCACAUGUAGUGAGAUUAAACGCCUUGCCAGGCAGGUUGAGGCAGAAAGGAGGUGGCGUAUGCAAGAACAUUGUAAUCAUCCACGGCGUCAACGGUGUGAGAUCACACCGUGUGCUUCCAACGUGAAAAAUCACGCUUCGAAAAACUUCCAAAAGACACGUGUCUUGCGUAAAACAACAGUGUACUUGAACAACAUAGUAUAAUGUAUCGAAACCAAACAUUGUGAAGGUUCAACAGCUGUUGGCUCACGCUUUCUUGCAGGAGGUGACACCAUUUCCUCUUAUAACUGUAAAAGACGAGAGCCGUUGUCGUUAUCCGGUAUUCCCCGAGUGCGAUGAACAAAUCGCGCGUUGCUAGUGAUCCAUCAGCAGAGCUGAGGGGUUAGAAAUUUAGUAAAGUAAAGCUUUUCUAUAUAGACCAGAUUUCGCAGCGUUUCUAGGGGCCAGCUGCAUCUUACCUGGGUCUGCGGGAACUGUCGGAAAGAACAAAAGGAGAACCGCGAUAACGCUCAGCCUGUUCUUAUCGCACGCUUGCCGCCUGUGCUCCUUCGUCAUGGCUUUGUCGUCAGCUGCCCCGUCAUCGAAUUGUCAGCCCAGCGCGGGGUUCUUCGAUAGCUGGUGACUGGGGUCGAGAUUAAGUGCGCUUUCACUAAACAGGUGUGCGAGAGCAACAUAUUCUGCUCUGUAGACAAGACCCUGCUAUCGGCAGCCUGUUCUGCUGGGCUGCCGAUUUGAAGACGGGGCAGCCGACGACAACGCCCAUGGAGAGCGACCACUAAAGGUGAGUAGGCGUUAAGAACAGGCUGAGAUUUGUUAUUGCGAAAGCAUUGUAUAUUCCAUGAGGCAGAAAAGCCGACGUUGUCCUCAACGAGUGUUACCAAAGAUCAUCGUCAGCGUGGAUUAAGGUGGAUUAAGGUUGGUACAAACUUGAGCAAGGUGGAUUAAGACGGGUUAAGAUAGAAUAAAGUGGAUUAAGGCUGGUACAAGUUAAGGCAAGGUGGUUUAAGGUGGAUUAAGGUAGAGUUGUGAAGGACACAUGACAAUGUAGGGCAUCACGUAUCCUAGACGUGACCAAUUAAUUAGAGAAGUCAUAAUGCUUUCGCAUUCAAAUCACGUAAGGAUACUCAAGUGACUGUUAAUUUCUUUUGAUUGCUCCUUUGUUCUAUCGGCCGGUUCCCGCAGUUCCCGGCGAAAAAGAUGACUGUCGCCUAGAAGGGCUACAAAGUGUGGUCGAUAGGCAACUUGUGCUGAAACUUUGGCAAUGUUGAUAGCAACGUCAGACGGCCCAUGCGUAGCGAGUGGUGGAAGAAAAAUGGGAGGGACGCAAUUAACGUUCGCCACGGCAUCUUCGAUCACGUAUCCCAAUGCAACGGCAUCCCAGAUCUGAAAAAUGUCCAAGUGCGCAUGUUUCGUACGACUCACCAUGCUUGCGAUUGAGAUUAGGAGCGCGAACAUUCCCGAGCAAGACAUUACCUAGUCCGUAACGUUCAGACCGACAAUCUGGCAUGAAUGCUUGUCGUUUUCAAUGUCGUCGCGUUUUUUUCCGCGUCUCUAGCGGCCGGUGUCGCCGACGCUGGGGUGAUAAACGAGAGCGACGGUGUGCACUCUGGCAGGUGGGAUCGGGCCUAUUUAUAUACUUCGGUUCACCCAGAAUCGGUUAAGGAUUUCUAGCCUCUAAAUGAAGUCAUCGGUUUGGCCACGAGCCGACAUUCAUACUUAUCUCAUUCAGCCGUUAUCAACCAUUAUCGUUAAUCGCACGGAUGUCACACUUCUUUAUUUGGCCAUUUAUUCAACCAGUCGAACUUCGCAAAAGCUUGCCGUUUCGAGGAGCAUAGUGCAGUCUGGAGUGCCUAUCGUUAACAGAAAACCUUGACCUGCUUCUGGAGAUGAAAUGAACACGCGCGCCUAAUGGCGCUGCUGUGGCUUUCAAGAUGACGUACUCUACACAUCGCCUCUUCAGUCGGCGAAAGACGUUGUAACCAAGAUGGUCGGUAGCUUUUCCCCAAACCUCUGUGCCCUGCCACAUGCCUUGUCGGGAAAGAUAACUCGUCGACCCGUAUCUAGGGCUCGAAUAAUGCGUUGCAGUCGACGCCCUUCUGUUUAUCGAUCGUAUGCAUCAGAACGUAUGCUUAUGUAUCUCUUGUGAUGUGAUCGUCAACAAAACUUUAGGUGAAAGUUUCGGAUCACCAGUAGAUCUCCCCUCAGCACAGUGGUACCACACGCCUUGCUAAAACAAAAAUAAAAAAAUCGCCUACUGGUAUCUGAUACACGAGGACGGUGUUUCACGUGAGCAAAUGCCUCUAUACUUCUUGUGACGUCAUCUGCUACACAGUUUUGAUAGGAUCAUUAUUUCCAACGGGCGCCCGCGCGACAAGCGCUUCGGUGAGAAAGCUACGCUGCUCACCAUGAGCGUGUGACUGUAGUAUGAAAAAAAAAAAAACUUUGUUGGAAGCAAGUGCGAUUUCUGCUGUUUUCUGAUUGCCUGUUGCAAGACAUUUGAGGCUAUAUCCCUCAUGUGACGUCAAAUGUAACAGACUGUCCAGAGAGAAAACAAGUCCAGUUUGAACGUACUACCCAACAGUUAUACACGUAAUUGCGCGACGGUAGUCAGAAAACGGUGUUUACGCCAAUUACCCGUGGCUAAACAAGAAAUAAUUAAGCGUUUAUUGACUAUGUAAUCCAUGUAGUGAGGAACGUCUUCCAGCAAAGCACUAGAUAUCCAACAAGAUACUGUUCACAUAUUUUUGCUGCACCGCUAUUAUUGUGUCUGCACUGACCAUUUCUUGAAGCACCUCUGCGAGCUAGCUCGACUGGCUUGCUCAAUUCUGGCUGUCGACAUUAAUCCAAUACAAGACGGCAGAGUCCG